UCGAAUUAUCGAACUAAAGUAAGCAGACGAUCGAGUGAAGUGUAAGGAAUGGAAGAGUUUUGGAAGGCGAUUGACGAUUUGCGAAAAAGCCUUUUAGCAUCAAAUUUAUCUGAAAAUCUAGACAAUAACUUAAAUUCAAGUGUAUAUGAAGACAAAGAAGAAAACAGACGUAGAAUACUUAAGAAAAUUGAAGAUAUCACGGAGAAUUGUUUACAAUCAUUAUGUAGAAACCAAUCGCCAUCACUUGUUUUAGUUAAUAGAAGAAUAUGGGAAAAUGUAAGUUAUCAGCCAGUUUCUGGAUUGAAAGCACAAAGAGAAACUGUUAAAUCUGUUGUUAAGUUUUCUUCCAAGAAAUCAAUGAAACGAUUUGCAUUAAUUCUUCAUAUUUUAGCAAAGAUAUAUCAUUUGAUCCAAACAAAUACAUAUUCUACAAAAAGAGAGAUUUAUUACCAAAAUAUCAAUUUAUUUGGUUCACAAAAUACAUUAAAUACAAUUAUCGAUGAUAUUUCAUGUUUAUUGAAAGUUCCAAGAAAUCAGCUUCAUAUAGUAAGUAAAUGUUGCUAGAUAUUUUAAAACUAUACUGGUAAUAAAAAAUAAAAUAAAUUAUUUUAAUAUUCAUAUAUUAUAUUUUUAAUUUAUUUUUUAGGUUGAGUUAUUUUAUAAUGUUUUUGAUUCUGAUAAUGUAGUCAUUGUCAAAAUCAGAUUGUCAGAAACAUUUUGAUCACAUGUUCCUGCAUAAAAAGAAAAAUAAUCAUUUUUAUGUUGUGCUAAGUUUCAAAUGGAGAAUGAAAGAUAUGUCUGAUUCAAAGAAUUUUUUAGCUUGAGGAGAAAAAGCUCUAGAAGUCAGGGGAUUUGGAAUUAGUGAUUUGGGUUAGACAGAAUUGUAGUAGUAGUAUAGUUUCUUUUGUUGUAGUAACAUGUAUCUUGGCACUCCUUCUCCCUCAGAAAUUAAAGGAGCUUGCCUUAAGAAUCUCAAGUGGUGACUACAUAUCAUAUUAAUUGUGCAGACAUAUUCAUAUACCUUUGUCUUCAUUGUGUUAACUGUUGAAUAAAGGUAUACAAAUAUGUCUGUGCAAUUAAUAUGACGUGUAGUCACCAUUUCUGAAGGAUGAGGAAUGCCAAGAUGCAUGUUACUACAAUACUAGAGUAAAAGUACUACUUGUACAGAAUGUACAGUGACUGAUGCAUAUCUCACUCAUCAGGCUGUGGAUCCAGUGAGCUCUGAUGAAGCAAUAUGGCCAUUUCCAUGAUUAUGUUGUUAAUACCAUUCUUACUACUCAUCUGUAUUAACCCAAGCACUGUUUGUUUUUGCCAUCUUGUUAGGUUGUCAGAAUUCCAGUAAAAGUUUAUUAAACUGCAUCAAUUGUGGCUAUGAGCAGGGCUGGCCCGAGGGAGUGUGAACGAUGUGAGUGCACAAGGCCCCAUGUUUCUGAAGGCCCUGUGCUGUUGACUGAUUUUGCAAAAUCAAAAUGGUUUCAUUUUCUUUAUUAUUAUUAUUAGUUUUUUAAUCUGAAUAUACAUAAAUUUGAAUAUUAUCAUGCAAUUAGUGCACAUUUUAUGUCAACCAAUCCAAGGCAAGGUUGGGUGCUUUGAGUCACUCACUAUGCUUGCAGAUUGCAAUUUGAAAAAUUGCUUGCGCUUGCAAAGAGAAAUUGUUAACUAUCAAACAGGACACCCUUUUGACCCGCAUCUCAGAGAUGUAUGUAAACGUGACAUCGAGAUUGUUUGUAUAUCAACCAACGUUGUAAAGGAACGUUGGUUGCAACGUUUCACCUAUUUUUCUGAUUUUAGGGACCCCCAUUCCAAAUUUUUAGUAAUAUCAAUUUAAAAUACAGUAGAGCAUCAAUUAUCCAACCCCCAAUUAACCAUCGCAUCGGUUAUCCGACCGUUCUAGUCGGCAAAUUUCAAAUGUCCGCUAGUGAUGUGGCACUACAAUAUUUGGGUAUGUCUUGGCUACUUUAAUAAUAUUUUUGUUAAAUUUUUGCGUGUUUUAGCUGG